UAUAACAAACGAAAGAAGAAAACGAAAAUGAAGAAGCAAGCUUGCUCCAAGGUUUUUCUCAUUUGCUUUAUGUUUCUUGCUGUAAGCAGCGUAGAGUCUCAAACUUGUAGACCAAGCGGCAAGAUAAGAGGUAGAAAAUCUCCUCCAGGACAAUGCAAUCGAGAAAAUGACUCUGAUUGCUGUGUACAGGGCAAGAUGUACACCACUUACAAGUGUUCACCGCCGGUGACUGGUCACACAAAAGCAACACUAACAGUGAACAGCUUUGCACCUGGGGGUGAUGGUGGUGCCCCAUCUGAAUGUGAUAAUCAGUAUCAUUCAGAUGAUGAGCUGGUGGUAGCACUUUCUACAGGAUGGUUUGACAACAAGAGUAGGUGCUUGAACUAUAUUAUGAUCCAUGGAAAUGGACAAAGUGUCAAGGCCAAGGUAGUAGAUGAAUGCGAUUCUACCAUGGGAUGCGAUUCGGAUCAUGAUUAUCAGCCCCCUUGUCCUAACAAUAUUGUAGAUGCCUCAAAAGCGGUUUGGAAGGCUUUAGGUGUUUCUGAUCCUGACAGUGUGGGAGAAAUGGACAUAUAUUGGUCUGAUGCUUGAGGUCCUUUUAUGCAAUAUAUGUAAUUUUCUCAUGUAAUUUGCUUCAUAUCCUUACCAGGUUGAUACAUACGUCUAUGUAAAAUUGUCAUGUAAAAUAUACCGUGUGUUUGUAUCCAAAUCUGCAUUUAGUU